ACGCGCUUUGAAUAAAUUGAGGCAAACUUGUGCGCGGCUCCACAUUUGUUCAAUUAGGGCCUAAAGGGAAGACCCUGCGCUUGUACACUGACCAGUCGGUGCUGUCUUGGCGCGUUUAUCGGGGUAAACUUGACGUCCGAGGUCUCAUAUUUGUGUUGAUUUGACAAAUAAGGCUAAAUCGCGCAGGCGUGUUUGUUCGUGGCUGAUAUUGAUUCUACCCUUAGAAAUAGCCCGUUACAGCUAGGACUGAUUUGAUGUUGACAACAGCGGCCUCCGUACCGUCGUCGGUUAGUAAUGACCCGCUUAGAGGAACGGGCCUCUAUCGUUAUAAGCAGAUCAUYGAACAGAUGGAUGGAAUAGGACAGACUGCACCGGCGGCCUCCAUGAAUGACCCUAUCGUUAUCAACGUUUCUGGCAAGAGAUUUGAAACCUAUGAGGAGACAUUGGCACGAUUUCCCGACACACUCCUGGGCAGUCCUAAUAGGCGAGCAAAAUUUUUCAACCCGAAGAAGGGCGAAUACUUUUUCGAUCGCCAUCGUUCGGCUUUUGAUGCAGUUCUGUAUUACUACCAAGCCGGGGGAACACUGAUACGUCCAGAGCACGUUCCCCCACAUGUAUUCGUCAACGAGGCCAUAUUCUAUGAUUUGCCAGAGGAGGCACUUAACCAGGUUCAACAAGAGGCCGGGAUUGUUGACGAGCCAGAAGAAAAGGUUUUGCCUAAAAACUAUUACAUAAACGUGAUGUGGCAGACGCUGGAGUACCCRGAGUAUUCUUUACUUGCAAAGUGUCUGGCUAUCUUCUCGGUCGUGAUCAUUGURUUCUCGCUCAUCAUAUUUUGCGUCGAAACAUUGCCUCAGUUCGCACCGCCGCCGAAGCCCUCGAACGCCUCGGCCGAUUGGGAAGCCAAUGACCCUUAUGCGAAAACAUGGUUCCAGUUGAAUACGUUUGUCAUAGCUUGGUUUACAGGGGAAUACAUUUUACGAUUCCUGUGCGCUCCAGAAAAAAUUAAAUUUCUAAUUUCAUCUUUAAAUAUUAUCGAUUUACUUUCCAUUUUACCGUACUAUGUACAGUUGGCGAUUGACGACGGAGGAAGUUCUUCCAUCUCAGUUCUUCGCGUGGUGAGAGUUGUCCGUGUGUUUAGGGUUUUUAAGCUGUCUCGACACUCCCGCGGUCUCCAGAUUCUUGGAAAUACACUAAGAGCUAGCUUAAAUGAAUUACUCAUGCUAAUGUUUUUUCUUGGAAUUGGAGUUACUAUAUUCGCGAGUUGUGUGUACUAUGCUGAGGGAGGCAUAGACAGUGACUUUGCUUCGAUUCCUCACUCAUUCUGGUGGGCUGUCGUAACCAUGACAACGGUCGGCUACGGAGACAUCAGUCCGACAACUUUUUGGGGGAAAAUUGUAGGAGCUUUGUGCGCCAUUUCUGGUGUGCUUACAAUCGCUCUCCCCGUGCCUGUCAUUGUAUCUAACUUUGAAAACUUCUACAACAAAGAAGUCAACCGUCGCAAAGAAGAGCAACUCAGGAAAGAAGAAGAAGAAAGAAAACGACAACAAGAAAAAAUGGAACGAUCGAAAAAUAAAGACGAGAAAAGCUCUCGCGGAAUACUCGUUUGUGGGGUGAAUGGCUGUGACGAGCCGCCGAAUCCGGUUGCCCAGACAACUGUCUAAGAACAAUGGGGAUCACGUGAUCUCCUGCGUCACAGCUUUGGCGACUUUGAAACAUUCAUGAAUGAAAGGGUUGAAUUGUCUCUAAUUCUUCGAAUUUGUAAUACAAGUUUAUACACUAUUAAUGAAGGAAACCGUAGCCACGGAACUCCAUACAGCUGGCCAAAUGACCGCAAAACGCCGUGUCUACGAGUUACGGCGUUAUAUCUACGAGUUACAAUGUCGUAUUGAAAAUGUGAYAUUUUCUAAAGCUWMMUGCUUUAGUCAUGCGACUGGGGUUGAAUUAUCCGAGAUUUUUCUAAAUACACGAAGGGAAAUCGAAUCUGAUUGGACCAUAUCGCGAACAAUCGCAAGCACGAUAUAAUAUGGCGCCCUCAUUACCAGACAGACCUUCCUGAACACCCAGAUAUAUUGGGAUCAGUUGAAAAGGGCGCGCGAAUUUUAAAAUUCACAGACAACAAAUAACAGCAUCGAAGUGGACGAAACAUUGAAAAUUACGGCAUGAUUUGACACUWAAGAGGACGUUUUAUAAUGCACAAUAAUAAUCUUGCCGUUGUAAUUGGAUGCCACUAGAAGAAAAAAUUAAUCCAAGAGAAAGCGAAAAAAAACAUAACCAAAAUUUAUACAGUGUUAUGCACUGCACACUCCUGAUGAAAGCAGCGAUCUCGGAAACUAAGUAGCGACCUUAUUUUAAAACAAUACGACCUAGUAGUAUCACUGCAUCACAGAACAAAAACAGGAACCAGGAAUGGUCUCCUAGCAAGAACCACAGCAAAACUAAAAUACAUUUUCUUCCCGCAAAAUAAAUCACACUKGUAGUAUGGAGAAAGAUCACGUUUUCGCUAUGGAAGAUAACACACGAUUCAUCCCCAAAGAAAAUAAUGAAAGACAUCACAUCCGCGAGUAGAAUCUUUGAAAUGAGACGAAAUCAAAAUUUAUAAGAAUUUGCGAUCAUCUGUUCGAGAACAUUAGAUCGAAGGGAAUCUAGAACAAUUAUCAAUAAUAGCGCAAUGGUUUUUAAUGCAAUGGCCAGUUAAUUGGCAAUUUAUAAUUUCGGGCACAAUUCAAGUCCCCGUGACGUGAAGCAUGUUGCGUGACACGUGCGUGACGGACAAAUUCUUCCAAUAAUAUAUUUGUAUAUCAAUUUUUUCAUUCAACUUCAGCACCCUUUUGUGCCAAUUUACACGUUUCAUCAUAUGGAAAAUUUCUCUAAGUAUUGCACCCAUGUGAUCAUUGUUUAUCCGAGAAAGCGUGACUCAUUUUAUGCACGUGACAUAACGUGACAAUACCGUGUUCCUAUAUAUUGUGAUGGCGUUGUCAUAAAGAUCUUUUCUAUCAAAUCCACACCUUUAGUAAUUGUCGUCAUAGGAACGGCAGUAUUUACUACAAUGCACCAUGAUAUCGGUCCAAAGACGCUAUCCAACCCAGGGUGCUUUGCGCUGUUGAGCCCAGGGUUCAUUGCGGUCUCGGAUAUACAAUUUUCACGAGGGUAAAGUCAUAAAUAUGCAGUAUAAAUAUAUAUAUAUAUAUGUGAUGUUAACCUAACAAGCUUUUCAGAUUUUUCAAACAUGGGGGAAACUUGUUGAACUUUAGGUUCUAACUUCAUCUAUUUUAUUUUUUUCCUUUGUUUAAGAAUCAACGGAAGUUUUCGAAGUGGCAGAUUUUCUGUCAAGUUUCCUGAAGAGUUAAUAUCGAUUUCACUGCGGUUUGGUCAGCAGUUAUCAAAAUCUAACCCUGAUCAGCCUUUCUAUAAACGUUCGAUUACUGUGGCUGAAUUCGGCUGAAAUGUCCUUAUUUCGUCUUUGAAAAAUCUUUUAACCUCGAUUUCACAACGAGGCUUUAGAUACUAGCUUGGACUGAAUCUGACAUUUCGCAAACUCAACGACUUUUUCAAAAAACGAUGACGUCAUAAUUUGCCGAAUGAAAUAUGUCAUUCUUAUGUCAUAUGCGCUGGUGAUGACAUAGCAAUUUGUGACGUCAUGGUUUUUAUGACGCCAUAAUCUUUUGUGACGUCAUAAGGUUCURUGACGUCAUACCUUUUUGAAGACGUCAUGUAUCAAAUUUUUAAUAUACGAAUUUUUUUAUUUUGUUAUCGGAAAUUGAAACGACGCGCCCAACUGUACAGUCGCUACGUUGAACUUUCUUUCUAUUAAAAUUUUUUAGAUUUAUUCGUGUGUUUUAUGAUUUUAUUAAAUUCACACCUGUUUCUUUCACAUUGCUUUUCAUAAUCUUUUAUUUUAUUAUUGUUAAUAACUAUUCAGGCUUCAUUACUAAUAUAUUAACUAUUCCUUGUGCUGAAUGGAAAUAAACUGAGAUUUUAAGGAGAA